GUUUCAGAGCAUCCGGAGCAUCCAGCGGCAGCUUCAUGGAGCUGCUGCGCGCACUGACUCUGCUGCGCACGGCACCUGUUGCUGCUGCGUCCCUUGUUUCCUGCGCGCUUUCUGACCUUCUGUGGGAUUAAAAUCACAUUUGCUUUGACCAUGUCUGCAGAACAACACCCCAACUCCUCCAGCAGCGGGUACUAUUUUGACCACACGUCCAGCAGGCUGCAGAGUGGCGUGUUUUUUACGCGCCCCGUGCUCGUCGUCCUCAUGUUUGUGAUGGUGACUUUGGUGGUCGUCAUAGUUUUGGGCAACGCGCUGGUCAUUUUUGCCUUCAAAGUGGACAAGAGCUUGAGGCGUCAGUGCAAUUACUACUUCCUCAAUUUGGCUAUUUCAGAUUUCCUCGUGGGAGCGUUCUGCAUCCCCGUGUACAUCCCCUACACCCUGACGGGACGCUGGACCCUGGGGCGUGGGCUGUGUAAGCUCUGGCUGGUCAUGGACUACCUGCUCUGCUCUGCAUCUGCGUUCAACAUCGUCCUCAUCAGCUACGACCGCUUCCUCUCAGUCACCAGAGCUGUGAGCUACCGGGCCAGACAGAGCAAGACUCAUCAGGCCAUAAUCAAGAUGGCGGCAGUGUGGGUGCUGGCCUUCGUGCUCUAUGGUCCUGCGAUCAUCCUGUGGGAGCUGGUGGUGGGCAGGAGCCGUGUGCCCAAAGACGAGUGUUUCGCUGAGUUCUAUUACUCCUGGUACUUCCUCCUGAGUGCCUCCACACUGGAGUUCUUCUCUCCUUUCAUCUCGGUGGCUUUCUUUAACCUGAGCAUUUACCUGAGCAUCCGCAGGAGGAGGCUACACUGGAGGAACACCCAGCUUCACUUGCAGAACAGUGAGCAGGCCUCAGCUCAGGGGGAGGGCCUUCCUCUGUCUCAGACCUGGGGGACCAAUUUGGCCGUGCGGGGGUCCGUACACUCUCAGAACUCGUCCCCAAGUCUGGGGAAAAUGGACUCCUCUGGCAGCAGGACGCUUCAUCCCAGCCGUCUGUCCAGAGACAGGAAAAUCGCCAAGUCUCUUGCCGUCAUCGUGUGCGUGUUUGCCAUCUGCUGGGCUCCGUACACUCUCCUGAUGAUUAUUCGAGCGGCCUGUAGGGGGCGCUGCAUCCCGCACCAUUUGUACGAGGUCACCUUCUGGCUGCUGUGGCUCAACUCUGCCAUUAACCCCUUCCUAUACCCUCUCUGCCACAGCAGCUUCCGCAGGGCCUUUGGCAAGAUCCUGUGCCCCAAACGCUACACCACUCCCCCCUCAUCAGUCAUGCGCUCUGCCCCGUGAAACACCAGAGGAGUAAGGAUGGAGCGUACAGGAGUGUACGUGGAGGCAUAGAGGACACCAUGGAGAUAGUCAUUGAUAGUGUGAAAUAUUGUGCCCAUGUUCACCUGAAUGAUGGUGUACCAUACAGACAAACACAUCAAACACAUCAUCUUCUCACAACAUCAGUAUUUUGGAGCAGUUUCCCAGUGUAUACAGAGAGAAAGUCCUCAGGCAGUGUUAUGUGCUCUUUGAGUUUACUCCAGCUUUGAACAAAUGCCACACUGCAAUCAUUUAAAAAGAAAAAAAAAAUCUUGCUGUUUUCCAGUCCACAUUUAAAAAAAAUGUUUUGUAUUCUGUUUAUGCACUUGAAAACAAUUUGUGGAUCUCCCAGGGUCCCUGUGCAGCUGCACAUAGUGUGAUACUGUAAAACAGAGGCAUGUUGCCCUCUGCUGGUCAAACGAGUAAUGGCAACAGUAUGAAAUGAAAUAAGCAAAGUGUUUUUAAAAAACACAUGAGGCCUGUGUAAGGCCUUAAUAAACACCAAAACAUGAUGCAUGUACUGUAACUUUAAAUGAUGAUGUAAUCUAAAUUAGCCUAAUAUCGUAUUAUUUAUGUUAAAAUGUCUUUUUUUGUAGGCAUAUUUAAAGAAACAUCAUGACCUUUAUAGACUAUAUUUAUUCCUCUAAAAGACUUGGAUUUACUUGUAGUUGUGACCAAAUGACCACAUACUUGUGAUGAGAUGUAAACAUGUGAAUGUGCCACUAGAUGUCACCAUUACCCUUUACAGUUUUCUGUGUGAACAGCACUGAGCCUUCAGCUCCAAGUUGUUCCAUGUCAGCUCUGUUUACAGACACUUCUACAGCAAGUUCUUCUUUUCAUCAUCACCUGGAACACAACCCACAGUCCUUCACAGUCCAGCCCACAGUCCUCCUGUGAUCUACGAGCAAUAUGUUUCAGUAUGUUUGUAUUUCAGAGUCAGGCCUGAGUCACCUCCUCUGCAGGAUGUUCACUGUGAUGCCUUUGUGGACAUUUAACUGCUCAAUGUUAAUGAAGUAUUUGAAUAUAGGUCAAAAGUUGUCUCCAGGCAAAUAUUUGAUAAUAAACAUACAGAACAU